CCCCCUUCGUAGCAGCACAACACAACACAUACCAGGAACAAGCAAAAGAAAUCUUCUCAUCGUAGAGGCUGAGAGAAAAAGAGAGAGAGAGAGAUAGAGAGAGAGCUAGUAAUGGCACCAACUCUUAGCAAUGGCUUCUCCAUGCCGGCGUCCCUGAACUGUGAUUUCUCGAAGGAAGUCACCCUUAACAGUGGUGCCACGAUGCCUAUAAUGGGCCUCGGCUUCUUCCGGAUGGAAGGGAAGGAUAUCAAGGACCUUCUCUUCCAUGCCAUCAAGAUUGGUUAUCGUCACUUCGACUGUGCUGCCAAGUACAAGAAUGAAAAGGAAGUUGGGGAGGCACUUGCGGAAGCAUUCCGGCUCGGCCUUGUCAAGCGGGAGGAAGUGUUUAUCACCACAAAGAUAUGGAACUCGGAUCACGGUCAUGUGAUUGAGGCCUGCAAGGACAGCUUGAAGAAGCUGCAGCUGGACUACCUGGACCUCUACCUCAUCCACUUCCCUGUUCCCACGCCCCACACUGGAAUUGGAGCCGUGGCGAGUGUGUUGGACAACGGAGUCCUGGACAUCAACACCACCAUUUCACUGGAAAGCGUUUGGCGUUCCAUGGAAGCUCUCGUCGACAUGGGCUUGGUCCGCAGCAUUGGCUUCAGCAACUAUAGCCUCCUCCUGACGAGGGAUUGCUUAGCUUACUCCAGAAUAAAGCCGGCGGUGAGCCAGCUGGAGCUCCACCCCUACUUCCAGCGAGAGUCUCUCGUCAAGUUCUGCCAGAAACACGGGAUCCGUGUCGUGGCCCACACUCCUCUGGGAGGCUCCACUGCCAACGUCGAGAUGUUUGGGUCAGUCUCGUGUUUGGAGGACCCUGUGUUAAAAGGCUUGGCGAAGAAAUAUGGGAAGUCCGUAGCUCAGAUUGCACUUCGAUGGGGUAUACAGCGAAACACGGCAGUCAUACCCAAGUCAUCGAAGCCUGAGAGGUUGGCGGAGAAUUUCGCCGCGCUCGACUUCGAACUGGCGGAAGAGGACAUGGAACUGAUAAAAGGUCUGGACAAGAACUACAGGACGAAUCAACCCGCUAAGUUCUGGGGAGUCGACAUAUACGCAUGAAUCUGGAGUACUCAAAAUGGAAGAGAGAUCUUCUUGUGCUGUGCUGAGUAUAAAAAUAAGGGUAAUUUCAGGAACUGCUGGCUAUCUAUUGCAGUCUGUAGUUGGGAUUAUGUAAGUAUAUUUCCUCAAGAGUCAAUAAGAACAUAUAUAUACGGUAGCGAGUCGUCGAAUGUAAUACUAUUGUAAUAGUAGAAGGUCCCUUGUCAUUGGUUUGAGCUCGAGAUAUAGAAGUUUUAUCGUUGAUGUUUGGCUAAAAUGGACUUGUUAUAUGAGAUAUGCUACUACAGAACUAA